GGCGCUCCGUAGCCUGCGCUGACUCGACCAAUCAGAGCGCUGCUCUGCCAGACGAAGCUCCGCCCCCCCCUCUACCCCUAGGCAACAUGGCCGGUGCGCUCAAGAAGACGACUGGGCUAGUGGGACUUGCUGUCUCCAAGAACCCUCAUGAGCACCUGAACGCUCUUUACAUCAAGAUCAUCGGCGUGUUGCAGACGGUCCCAAAGGAUGCCGCGUACAGGAAAUACACGGAACAGAUCAUCAAUGAGCGCCAGCAUCACGUCCAGACGGAGCCCGAUAUUGAGAAGCUGGAGAAAAAGAUAAAUUGUGGACAGAUCGAAGAAGUGAUCCGACAGGCCGAGAAGGAGCUCUCCCUGGCGAGGAAGAUGCAGGAGUGGAAGCCUUGGGAACCACUCAUUGAGGAGCCACCUCCCAACCAGUGGAAGUGGCCCAUCUAAACCUCGCCCCAUCUGGUUCCGUCUGCAUCUCCUGUCCGAGCAAGACUGUGACCCGCGAUAUCAUUAACGUAAACGUGUAGCGCGCUUCUGGUUUGGUUAUUGACAAUAAAAGUCACCAAUCAAUGAA